ACAUCAUUUGCCGCUUCUUCUUUGUCACUUACCAUUACUACUGUUACUUGUACCCCCCUUCCUUUUUACCUUUACCCCCCUUCCCACUCUCUGCAUAAUAAACAACACAAAACACAAAGGACUACUGCUAUUACUGCCUCCACCUGCAACCUUCUGCCAUUUCUUCUUUUCACUUCUCUCUAUCUCUCUUUUCUUACUCUUCAAUGGCUCCUUCUCCAACGCUUCGUUCUUCUUCCCUUCCUUCACUUCCUCCACCUUCCCCUAAGUCUCCACCCGAGUAUCCUGAUUUGUAUGGCAAACGCCGUGAAAUGGCACGUGUUCAGAUGCUUGAACGAGAGAUAAGUUUUCUAGAGGAAGAAUUGAAAUCUAUUGAAGGCCUUCAACCAGCUUCAAAAUGCUGCAAAGAGGUUGCUGAUCAUGUGUUGGCAAAUUCAGAUCCUCUGUUACCUUCAAACAAGAAGAAUCGCCGGUCGUGUCGCUUCUGGAAAUGGCUCUGUCGCAUGCCAUGUUUUAAUCUGUCUUGGAUCUGCUGUUGCUGUUGCUGCUGUGAUGGAUUAUCAGUACAUCUAAAAUUGCCACGAUGCUGCAGUGACUGUAAACCAUGCAGUUGCUGUUGCAGCAACUGUCUUCCAUCCAUAAGUUGUUGUUCCUUACCUAAGUGGAGCUGUUGUUGUUCUUGUCCUAAAUCAAAUUGCUGUAAAAAUAGCUUUGGUUCGGGAAAAUGUUGUACUUUCCCAAGUAGUUGCAAUUUUGGGUGUCCAUCAUGCCCUUCUUUAUGCAGUUGCAAAUGCACCUGCACUUGCUCUUGCCCAACUUGUCCAAAGGUAAGUCCUUGUUGUUGUACAGAGUCAUGUUUUAAUCCUUGUUUCUGUUGCUAGUAUAUUAUAUUGUUACUUUUCCAAAAGAGAAAAGUGUGAAGCUCUUGUCUUCAAUAUUGCAUUUAUAUUAUUAUUAGCUAGAGUAUAAAUUUUGGAAAAAUAAAAGUUUUUUUAUAUGGAUACUUGAAGCAAAUGUAAUAGCUUCUUGCUUGUAAGUUGUAAUUGUUGGUAUGAUAAGUUCCAUUUCUUCCA